AUAUGAUAGUGGCGUCCCCUUACAGCCGUGUUACGAAGCUAUAUUUUCUCAAGGUCAUUUGGCUGUUGCAGUGUGUGAAGUCACGUCGCCGGUGUCAUCAGUAGUAACUUUUAAGAAAGGAUUUACAUUAGUUGUUGUUAAUACAUAUAUUUUGAAAUAUGUCUAACAGAAAAUUCUUUGUUGGUGGUAACUGGAAGAUGAAUGGAAGCAGAUCUAAAAUUGAUGAUAUUGUCAACUUUAUGGUUACCGGUCCACUCGAUGUGAACACUGAAGUUGUUGUUGGAUGUCCUUCCAUAUAUCUCGACUACUCCCGAAAAGCUUUACCACCUACAAUUGGUGUUGCAGCCCAAAACUGCUACAAGGUUGCAAGUGGUGCGUUUACCGGAGAAAUCAGUCCAGCUAUGAUCAAAGAUGUUGGAGUUGAGUGGGUGAUCCUUGGACACUCUGAACGACGCAACGUUUUUGGAGAGAACGAUCAGCUGGUCGCCGAGAAAGUUGGACAUGCUCUUGCAGAAGGCUUGAAAGUCAUUGCUUGUGUUGGCGAGCUGUUAGAAGAGAGAGAGAGUGGUAAGACUGAAGAAGUGGUCUUCCGGCAAACCAAAGCUAUUGCUGAUAAGGUGUCUGACUGGAGUAAAGUUGUUAUUGCUUAUGAACCAGUAUGGGCCAUUGGAACUGGAAAAACUGCCUCGCCCCAGCAAGCACAGGAGGUUCAUGCACAGCUUAGGAAAUGGUUGACGGAUAAUGUCUCGGCUGACGUGGCCAGUAAAACUCGGCUGAUUUAUGGAGGAUCCGUUACUGCAGGAAACUGCAAAGAACUAGCCAAAGAAUCAGAUGUGGAUGGUUUCCUUGUUGGUGGAGCCUCUUUAAAACCGGACUUUGUUGAAAUCAUCAAUGCCAAAGCUUGAACAGGAAAUGUUAUAAGAAUCCUACCAUUUCUCUUCUCGACCAAACCAACUAGUUAGUAUUCAAACCGGCUGGCACAGUUGUGUUAUCCAGAGUUUCCUUGUGCUCUCCCCCUUAGAAUUUUAGGCUUCACUCGUUAGUUGCUAAUUGCUAAAUGUUCUCCUUUGAUUUACUGCCCCCAUGGAUCAGCCCAUGACAAGACACAAAAACAUUUGAGUUUAUUUUUUUUUACAUUUUCAGGUUAUUAAGUGGAGUUUAUUUUUGUGAAGUGGUUUGUUUUCUCCAAUAAAGGAUAUUCCAACGACA